AUGGGGAGAGGUAAGAGCUCCUUUUUUGCGUCCCUGUUCGGGUGCAAGAAGAAGCAGGGCUCCGGCGGGAGGCAGGAGGAAGCAACGCCGCCGCCGCAGCGGUACUACCACGGGACAAGGGUGCGGCCGAGCGAUGACGACGACUACUACGGCCAGAACUGGUACGCCGACCGCGACAUCAACCGGAGGGCCUCUGAGUACAUCGAGAGGGUGCACCGCGGAAUGCAGGCCAGCGAACAGGACGAAUAA